AUCGACCAAGCCUUGAUAAUUUUAUGAAUCAUCAUGCACAUGAGCAAUCGCUGACCAAUAAACGUGAUUGCGAAAAUUCUAAUUUUAUUGCGGCAAGAUCUGUUUUUAUUGCAUAAACGUGGUUUCGAAAGUACUUCCAGACAAACGUGAUCUGGAUAGAGGUCAACAAUGCCAAUCAGAGUCAAUUGGGAAAUAUCGGAUUGGACCAGGCCUUUAAAGUUACGGGUUAUUCGCGUGCAUCUUGCAUCACUGUGUACUUUUCCAUGACAUUGACAUUGAGAGCACUGAAGCAAUAGUCGCCUAUUGCAAAUAUAGUAUUUAGUUAUAAAACAGGUAUAAUCUGGAUCAAACAAAUCGGGGAUUUUUUCUACAAGAACUCUCCUGAACCGAUCAAAUGAGAGUAUCAAUUUUCGAAUGAAAUGAGAAACAGUGAAAAAUAAACAAAAGUACAAUCUUAACUCUUAGGUAAACUAUGGGAUUAAUAAAAACGUAUACAAUCGCCAAACUGGUAGUACAGCGCUCGGGAACCGGGAUAUUCAACCGGGCUGCAGCAACAAAUAUUGCAUCCAAUCAUUGUCAUCUGGUCAGACCUUUUCAUGAAGAUGGGGUGAAGCACUGUGCUACAAAAGCAGAAGUAGAAGAAAGUGUGAAACAGUACAAAAAGGGAAACUUUAGCCUCAUAGCAGAUGGAAGUGCAGUGAAACAUUUUAGAAGUGAUAAAACAACGAAAACACCCGAGUCUUCAGCUCCCUCUAUCCAAGGCCUGCAGGACCCACAGGGUAUAGUCCAAGAAACACAAGACCCCCAAACUACACAGAACCGUCAAGAUUCCCCCAAUUCCUCAGAAUUAGACACUGUUGGGGGUGCUUACACUUUACCACAUCCCAUAUGGAGUACAGAUGAACUAGAGAAAGUAGAAAUUACCCACAAUCCUCCAAAGGGGAUUGUUGAACAUCUUGCUUACUGGAAUGUACAAACUUUGAGAAGGAGUUUUGACUUUUUCUCAGGAUUCUCAUCUGGCAAAAGAACAGAGAAGAAAUGGCUAACACGUUUUGUUUUCCUGGAAACUGUAGCAGGUGUUCCCGGAAUGGUGGCAGCGAUGACACGCCACCUCAAGUCUUUAAGGAGAAUGAGUAGGGACCACGGCUGGAUACACACACUGUUAGAAGAGGCAGAGAAUGAAAGGAUGCAUCUAAUGACUGUAAUACAACUGAAAGAUGCUGGAAUCCUUAUGCGACUUGCCAUAAUGGGCUCUCAAGGUGUAUUUGUGACCCUAUUCAGUCUCUGCUACUUGGUGAGUCCAAGAUUCUGCCACAAGUUUGUAGGAUAUUUAGAAGAAGAGGCGGUGAAGACAUACACAGGAUGUAUCAUGGAUAUUGACUCUGGUAAUUUAGUAUCAUGGAAAACGAAACCUGCGCCUGAAAUAGCCAUUAACUAUUGGAACCUAGCUAGAAAUGCCACGAUGAGAGAUGUCAUACUAAACAUACGAGCUGACGAAGCUCACCAUAGACUAGUAAAUCACACAUUAGGUGAACUUGACACUGAUGAUACAAACCCGUAUCCACCAGGGUAUUAGUUGGGACAAAACAAUGGCAUGGCAGAGUCUUGCCUAAUCACAGAGUUCGGGCCCGCUGAGGGAAAAUGAGCAUAAGUUGAUCCCUCCGCCAAAGCAUUGUUUCUGUAUUUCAAAAUAGCUGGCACUAUGUAGGAACAUAGCACUCCAGUGACAGUGUAGAAUUUCAGGAAUACUGGAUGUGUUCAAUAUUUGAAAUUUUGAAUAGACGAGUAACAGAACCUCAGGAAAAACUAAAUUUGUGGUCAGUAUUCGAAAUCUUGAGUAGAUCUAGAUGAGAACCAAAACCUGGAGAAUUAGUAAAACCAGCCGUGAGAGAAUAGUAUCAGAUGAGAGUAGAAUGACGAUAUUGGCUACUUUAAUCAGAGAGAAAACGUCAUUAGAGCUAAUAUAAUUUAUAUUAAUGUAUAUGUGGUGUUAAUAAGUGUUGACUUUUAAGCUUUUAACCUAGUUUAUGAAU